AAUAUUCGCAAUCUUGCAGUUUAACUAAUAAUAUUAAUUCAUACCAAAAUGCGUGCUUCAAUAGUUUUUGUUGUAAUUUUUGGUUUCGUGUGUGCUCUAUCUUCGGCACUACCUGUAGCUGAUCCACUAGAAGCAACUGAACUAGAAUUUGCUGAGCAAACUGAUUCGGAAGCUGCAGAAGUGGGUGAAGCGCCAAUCCGGCAGAAGCGAGCAACUUGUGAUUUGUUGAGUAUAUUCAACGUAAAUCAUACAGCCUGUGCUGCACAUUGUUUAGCCAAAGGAUUCAAAGGCGGAUAUUGCAAUGGCAAGAAAGUUUGCGUUUGUAGGCGUUAG